UGAAAUAAAUUUAUUGUAUAUGUUUUUAACUUCAGUCACCCGAAAUUGCGAGUAUUUGUUCUGAUUUCCCGUGUCAACUGCAAGACUGUAGGUUAAGUGCUUGCAUUUAGCUGGCUUGGCGUGGCUUGCGUGGUUGGCUGCUGAACCCGACUAACGCCUCGGCAUUUCAACGUCCCUCAACAACAACAACGACAUAUCACAACACGACCAGAUGCAACCGCUUUGGCCAGCGCCAAAAUGCCUUCAAGCGACCUACCCAAGCGCAAAGCCUCUGAUGCUCCUGUUUCUCCGCCGCCCCUCAAGCGCAAACUUCAGAGCGGCACAACCAGUGAGUGCGCAAUCCCAGAAGCAGCGUUAUUUCCAUGCCGCAGCAUGCUAUCGUUGGAUGACUAGCUAACAUGACCUACCUAGAGACCGCUGUAGCAAACUUCUUUACUCCAGCAUCGCAAAAACCUAAGGAUCCUACUGUCUGGUCUGAGCGAAGUCCUAACGACGAUACCCCUGCGACUCUCCUGGUCGGCCGAUUCGAUGGUGUCAAGGAAGAUGAAACAAUAAAGAGGAGGAAGAUAGCUGCUUUUGAUCUUGACUCGACACUCAUCUCGACAGCCUCAGGCAAGAAACAUGCAGGUAGCGGGAUAGAUUGGAAAUGGUGGGACAACUCGGUCCCCGCCAAACUUCGAGAGCUGUAUCAAGAUGGAUAUCGAGUCGUCAUCUUAUCGAACCAGGCAGGGUUAACGCUACACUUCGACCCCAAGUCCAAAGCACCGAAAGCCAAUGCGCAGAAACGAGUUACCGAAUUUAAACAGAAAUGCAGCGCCGUCCUCAAUAGUUUGAACCUUCCGACAUGCGUCUACGCGGCGACCGAGCAUGAUAUAUAUCGAAAACCGAGAACAGGCAUGUGGAAGGAACUCUGCGACGACUACGACAUCUCGGAAUCCGAGAUAGAUCUGGGGAACAGCGUAUUUGUCGGCGAUGCAGGGGGUCGCACAGCAACGUUGGGGAAAGGUCCAGACGGAGUUGCGGCCGCAGCUAAAGACUUUAGCUGUUCGGACAGAAACUUUGCCCACAACGUCGGAAUCCAGUAUCAGACGCCGGAGGAGUUCUUUCUCGGCCAGAAGCCUCGGAGUUUCGCUCGUGAAUUCGACUUGUCCGAGCAUCCCUUCGUCGACGAUGCUGAAUCGGGGAACUCCGUGGUGACCUUUGACAGGACCAACGACAAGGACAUCAUCUUAUUCUGUGGGCCACCCGGGGCUGGCAAAUCCACGUUUUACUGGAAAUCCCUCAAGCCUCUGGGGUACGAGCGCAUCAACCAGGACCAGCUCAAGACACGCGACAAGUGCGUGCAGGCAGCGAGGGAGCAUCUCCAAGCGGGUAAGCCCAUUGCCAUAGAUAAUACCAAUGCCGAUCCAGAGACCAGGACUAUUUGGGUAGAGCUUGCCAAGAAAUUCGGCAUCUCUAUCCGUUGUGUGUGGUUCAAAACUCCUCUCCAAGUCUGUGAACACAACAAUGCUGUGCGGGCGCUAAACACGACAUUGAAUCCUGAGUCAAGACAGAUCUUACCCAAGAUGGCAUUUACAGGCUUCGCGAGCAGGUUUAAACCGCCACAGGUGAAGGAGGGUUUCCAAGACAUUACGGAGGUGCAGUUUCAGUUCCGUGGUUCACAGGAUGAGUACAAGAUCUGGGGUCGAUACUGGACGUGAGAACAAGAAAAAAGAAUUCCCCAAUUAUUCACCUUGGCAUCGUGUCAUCUCCGCAUCACACAAAUUCUUUAUUAUCAGCAGCUCCAAAUCCUCAUGGGGCAGUUGAGGUCCAUAUCGCCUCCGCAUAGCCAUAUUGGGGAAGGCGAAGCGAAAGACGAGACGAGUUGAUAUUGCAAGCGAGGAUAAGUUCUGGGGUCUGCUCACCGUAUUAGACGGGGCUCCUGGGGUAUUCAGGUAGUUUAUCUGGUAGCCUGGAGGUAGUGGAUAUCGCUCCGGCCAUCUAUAAUGCAGUUAAUGUCAUCCUGACUCGACCAAUUACUCGACCAACAACCGCCCAACCCACACGAACGAGUCUGAAUAGAGGAAUAUGCUCCUUGCCAGUGGAGUCCAUCGGUCGUAGAAAAAGAACCGGUCCGAAUCUUUUACUAAAGACAACCCAGAACUGGAUGAUCCCUGAGUCUCAGGGGUGGCCCGGCCUCUAGCUUUAUUUGCUUUAAGCUAAACUUUACACUUUGUUUGUAUGCUUAUUCUGAAGAUCUCACAGUGAGAUGCAAAACCUGCGGGGGAAUGCGGAGUGAUCGUCUCUGCCUUCUCCGUGGCCGUGGCAUGAUUGCGGAGAGAUUCUGGACCUGGCCCAUUCUUUAAGCAAUGUCACUAAAAGUUUCCAAUGCAACGGCAGUUAUUUUGAC